CCCCUCCAGCCCGAUUCGGCUCGGACGCCUCCCAGCUUCUGCCCCGUCCGUCGCAUGGCGGCUCCCCCAAACCCUAACCCAUAGAUCCCUCCCCGCGACCCAACUCCCAGGCUCUGCUCCGGUCGCCCGCCGCCUCGCGGCCGUGCCCCGCCGGCGCGGCGCCACCGGCCCGCUCCGCCCGCCCCACCGCCGGGAGAAAGGCCCGCCUGGGCGACCUCCGCCCGCCGCGCGAGGUGCAAGUCUAAGAGAACUGAUCACGGAAUAUAUGAAGUAGCGGCCGUUGGAUGACCUUCUCUAUGGAUUUGAACGCAUCGCCAUUGCCUGAAGAUGACGAGCAGCAGCCAUAUGAAGAGGCGGUUGAGGUUGAGUAUGCUCAGGAGGAGCGCGUCGAGUCUGCUGUCGCGACAAUGCGCAGGGAGCGUGAAGAGAGACGCAGGAGACUAAAGAGAGAGAAGCAGGAUGAUGGAUCGAGGCUACAUUCCCAGCAGAUUAGGAAUGAUUAUGUUCCUCAACCAAAAAGACCUAGUCGCAUAAAAGAGGCACCUCAGGGCUGGUUGGACUGUCCUGCAUUUGGAGAGCCAAUAGAUAAAAUCAUACCAUCCAAGGUUCCUCUUGAUGAAACGUUCAAUGAGUCGGUGCCUCCUGGGAAACGAUACUCCUCGAAGCAACUAGUUAACAAACAAAGAAAAGCUGGUCGCGAUAUAGGCCUUGUGAUUGAUUUGACAAAUACCACUCGGUAUUAUUCACCAGCAGAAUGGACAAAGCAAGGUACCAAGCAUGUCAAGAUUCCAUGCAAGGGAAGAGAUGCUGUACCUGAUAAUGAAUCUGUUAACGUGUUUGUCUAUGAGGCGAUGAUGUUCCUUGAUCGACAGAAGCAAUCAAAGAAUCCUAAAUAUAUCCUGGUUCACUGUACCCAUGGUCAUAAUCGUACAGGUUUCAUGAUUAUUCAUUACCUUAUGCGCACACAUGUCUCUUGUGUUGCUGAGGCAAUAAGUAUAUUUGCUCAAAGGCGACCACCUGGCAUAUACAAGAGGGACUACAUUGAAGCACUAUAUAAGUUUUACCAUGAGGUCCCUGAGAAUAUGAUGAUAGCAUGCCCUCCAACACCAGAAUGGAAGAGACCUGAUGAUCUUGAUUUAAAUGGCGAAGCUAAGCAGGACGACGAUGAUGAUAAUGGUGAUCUUGAACCACCAAAUAAUGAAUCUGAGGUUAAAGUCAUCACUAAUGAUGAUGUGUUAGGGGAUGCUGUGCCAUAUGACCAACAAGAAGCUUUGCGUGUCCUAUGUUAUCGGUUGCUUGAAAUGCCCCUUGUAAGAGGGCACACACAAUUUCCAGGAUCACAUCCAGUCUCUCUUAACAGUGAGAAUCUACAACUACUUAGACAGCGAUACUACUAUGCUACAUGGAAAGCUGACGGAACACGCUAUAUGAUGCUUAUAAUGAGAGAUGGCUGUUUCUUGAUUGAUCGGAAUUUCUGCUUUAGAAGAGUCCAGAUGCGCUUUCCCCAUAAGAGCCUCGAAGGUCUGCAUGAUAUGACCUUGGUUGAUGGAGAAAUGAUUAUAGACACGGUACCAGAGUCAGGAUUGAAGAGAAGGUACUUGGCAUAUGAUCUGAUGGCACUUGACGCUGUGUCCAAAACCAAGUUGCCGUUUUCUGAAAGGUGGAGAAUGCUGGAAGAUGAAAUAAUACGGCCACGUUAUCAUGAGAAAAAGCAGUUUGAGAGUGGUGCUAAGAGCAAUCCUUUGUACAAAUACGACAUGGAACUGUUUUCGGUUAGGAGGAAGGAUUUUUGGCUGCUCUCCACAGUUAUGAAGUUGCUUAAGGAGUUUAUUCCAAAACUUUGCCAUGAUGCUGAUGGCCUAAUAUUUCAGGGCUGGGAUGAUCCAUAUGUAACUCGUACUCAUGAAGGUCUUCUAAAGUGGAAAUACCCUUCGAUGAAUUCAGUUGAUUUUUUGUUUGAGCUUACAAACGAUAAUCGUCAGCUAGUUUUCCUUUAUGAGAGAGGAAAAAAGAAACUUAUGGAUGGUGCUCGGAUAGCGUUUCCAGACGAAAUAGAUCCACCCUCUGUUGCUGGGAGGAUUGUUGAGUGUUCUUGGAAUAAGGAAGAGCAGUGUUGGGCCUGCAUGCGUAUUCGAUCGGAUAAAUCGACUCCAAACGAUAUCAACACAUACCGAAAGGUGAUGAGGAGCAUCACAGAUAACAUCACUGAGGAGAAGCUUCUUGAAGAGAUUGAUGAGAUCAGGCGCCUCCCGAUGUAUGCUGAUAGGAUAGCGCAGGCUCAUGCGAAGAUGGCACAACAUCGGAGGAGAUGAAGAACGCCAGAUUAGAGUGCUAGUCUCUUUGCGAUAGUGCUGGAGUGCUCUCCUACCGUCUCUGGCCAGCGGCUGGUUCCGGUAGCUGUGUAAUUAGUAGAGGUUUCAGUAGGGCCCCUAUGAUGAUGGCUGGCUGGGUCUGGCCAGCCAACUAAUUCUUUGCACCUCCGCAUUUGUGCCUCCCAACCCACCUGUAUAGGCGUCGCCGCAGAGUAGUUGCAUCAUUGCAUGUAAAUCGUGUAUUCUAUGUUCUCCUAUAUUCUCUCCUAUGGUUUUUAUUUUUCAUGGGUGUAGAAUAGCGUUUAACAAGAGGGAGUGUUCUAGGUAUAUUGGUGUAUGCUUUGCCUCCUCUCUCGGUGUUGCCUUGCUAGAAUAAAUGUAGGGUGUACUGGGUUGA